UAAAUGUUGACUGCUUAUAAAACAGACAUUCGUCAUUUUUUUUCUUCGCUUUCCCUUUUCUUCUGCUCUCUUGAUGACAAAGGACGAAAUAAGCAAGGCACAGAAUCUGAGUUAUGUCAUUAGAUCUGGUGUUGCUGGUGGAGUAGCUGGUUGCAUGGCGAAAACAGCGAUAGCACCGUUAGAUAGAAUAAAGAUAUUAUUUCAAUCAAGAAAUCCUAUAUUUGAACGAUAUGCUGGCACAUUUACCGGCGCAUUUAAAGCAGGCCAUGAAAUAUAUAAAAAUGCAGGACUCAUUGGAUUAUUUCAAGGUCAUUCAAUGACAUUGAUUCGAAUAUUUCCUUAUGCAGCCAUUAAAUUUGUCACUUAUGAGCAAUACCGUGCAAUACUGAUGCCUACAAGAGCCAAAGAGACGCCGGCAAAACAAUUCGUAGCUGGUUCUUUAGCAGGUGUAACAUCUGUAUUCUUUACUUACCCACUUGAUCUCAUUCGCGUGCGCUUGGCUUAUGAUGUAAAAGAAGGAACAAGUCGGCCGACGCUAUCGGGGACAAUACGACAGAUUUAUAAUGAACCAGCGGCAACACAACGCAUGAAUGGACAUUUUCACCUAGCUAAUUUCUAUCGAGGGUUUUUACCUACCGUGGCAGGCAUGAUUCCCUAUGCAGGUGUAUCAUUUUGGACAUAUCAUCUUGUUACUCGAUUAUGUAGAUAUAACCCCACCGUGAGCAAGUAUACUAGAAUACCCUUGAAUUAUACAGCAGAUGAUUCCGAUUUAACACCAAGCCAACGUAAGGCACUAUCAAAGCCCCCUCUCAAGACAUGGGCCGAGUUAUUAUGCGGUGGUACGGCUGGUCUGGUGGCUCAAACGAGCAGCUACCCUUUAGAAGUCAUUCGUCGACGAAUGCAAGUGGGUGGACUACUCAACCCAGAUAAAUUUGUUGGAUUUAUAGAAACAACCAAGGAUAUCUAUAAAGUGAAAGGUAUCAAAGGAUUCUACGUGGGCCUAAGUAUUGGGUACAUAAAGGUUGUUCCCAUGGUAGCUGUCAGUUUUGCAGUCUAUGAACGAAUGAAGAGAUUGUUAGAGAUAGACUAGUUGUAUAUUUUAGAAUAUAUUUGUGUAAAUAAAUGCCUUUUUUAAUGCUAUGGUAGAAUAGAGAACAUGAGAUAGGACAUGUUUUAAAAUCAUUUACAAACAGAGAAUAAGCCUCGCCUCAUGUUUGUAAGAUCCAUGUCUCUCUCUGUUAUCUCUGGUUUAUUAUCAAAACAGACGUAAUGGAAUGAGUGUAAAUGAUGAAAACAG